AUGGACCCCAAUCCAUUUCCUCCACUAGCAAGAGGCAGGAGAGGUAGAGGGGGAAUCAACCUUUUGCCAACAAUGACAGGAACAGACCAGGGGCAAACUGGAGGAAUAAUCCAGAUUUCGAAGAAGAGAAAGAACAUAGGGAGGAAGUUCUGCCCAGACCAUACAAAGUGGAAUAGAGGAUUGAACACAACCAGCCAGAACAGGGGUGGAAUCCACAUCCUAUCAAUGCCUUGA